AUGUGCUUCAAAGUCUCCGCUCGUACAAGCCUCACGGUGCAGACCAUCAAUGUGACCAAGACGACUGCAUUACAGGCCACGAAGCUCCUACGUUACCACGCAAGGCAGACCAUGAGACCCACAAGCACGGGGCGGUCUUUGAUCGGCGGCUAUACUCAUGAGAAGGAAGGUCUCAGAGUAUCCCGUGAACGUCAUCAGGGGACCGAUGCUGCAUAUGACCCGACUUCAAGGAUAUCGGGCAGAAAACAAGGUCCAAUCCAAGCCACGAUUGCCUCUGUGCGCCCGACAGUCUCAGCUCGCUCGUGA